AUGGCACGCACCAAGAACACGAGAAGACUUCACCAACCACCCCCAGGGACAACUCGGUUGCCAAGAGCUCAGUUUGUACCUUUCGCCCCAUUGGCCCCUGAUCUCAGAGAUCCAACAGCUCGGGUACCUACCCGACCUACCAUCCCAGGAGCCAGACGCAGAAUCAUUUCACCCACCCCACUGCCCUCUUUAACUCCGCCACCAAGACCCAUCUCGCCUUUACCACCCAGACUGCUUUCUACAUUGGCCCCAGAUGUACGUCCAGAGUCAUCCCCAAUGCCAACAUCACCAGAACCACAACCACGUCGAAGUUUGAAAAAAACACGCCAGACCAAACAAUUCCCAACGAAACAAACAAAGAAGACAAAAAAAAGACAGACAGACAGACAGCGGAUCCUCUGGCUCGAGGUCGAAAAAGCAAGCAAAUGA